CCAUUUGUCUCUGUCAUGGCGGCGUUUGGCAUGAGACGUCAAAAAACCAUUAAUUUUACAAACUACAAAUCAACUUUCCGUUGGCUGUAAUAGAAAAUAGAGAAAAGGUUCCUUUUAAUGCUUAAAAGAAGCCAUAAUGUCUGUACAGAAUUCUUAUCUGCUAAAGUACACCAGAAGAUCCUCCAAAAUAGAUAAACAUGCAUGUCCUGUUUGUAAGAAAAUAUUUUCUUUACCAGCAAUUCUGUCAAAACAUUUAAAAACACAGCAUGAUUUGCAAAUGUUAUCAAACAAGACAGACACUAAACUUGAAACUAAAGAUGUACAAUCGCCAAAAUCUCUCCCUGGUAGAAGACCACAAAGAAGUGCUGGAAAGUCUAUAGAUGUCAUUGAAAGUGAAGAGAAAAAGAGCAAAAAAGGUUCGAAAGUAAAUGUAGAGAAAAAUGAAGGUAGUGAUGAAGUGGAUAAAACGAAAGAGAACAAAUCAGAGAUGUCUGCUGGAGGGGAUGGACAGAGAAAAAGGGGAAGACCGAGGAAAAGUGUUGCCACAAAUGUGGAAAGCAGUGAAAAUAAAGCAAGCAAGCUUAAGCCUGUAAAUAAUGUCCCUACCGAUAUGAAGGAGGCAAGGAAAAAAUUGUUUGCUGAGAGAAAGAUAAAUACAAGCAUUGAAAAGAAAGGCGCCAAGCAAACAACUGGGUCAGUGAAGAACAAAAAAUCUGUUCAAAAGAAAAUACAUGAACAGACUGAAGAUUCCAUUUCUGACAGUCAGACUGAUACUGAUGAAAGAGGAAGACCGAGAAGAAACAGAAGGGAGAAAAGAGCAUGGUCUCCAUCUAAUGAUAAUAGUAUUAUAUUAGAAGCUAGUAUAAAACAGGAACCAAUAGAUUAUGAAGACAUGGAAGAGCAGAUUAUGCCGAAUAUGUCAAAUGUAAAAAUGGAAGUGGAACUGGCUGUUUAUAAUGAGAUCUCAAAGCCUUCAGUCAGUACUAAAGUUGGAUUAAAUAAGCCAGCUAAGAUUUGUAAGGUGGAGGUGAGUGACUUGGAACCAGGAGAAACAGUAGGUCCAGUGACCAUUGAAGAAGGAGUAACUGAAUCAAUAACAGAAGAAGACCACCCAGAGACACCGGAAGAUAUGGAUAUAACUUCUGAAGCAGUACAUGUAGGGGAAGUAAAUACUCCAGCAACAAAAGCAGUUUAUAAUGAAGAAUCUGAAGAUGAUGAUGACCUAGAUGAAGAUUAUAAACCCAAUGAUAGGGAUGAAGAUAUAGAAAUAAUAAAGCCUGCAGUUAAAAGAGGACGUAAAAAAGUUGGAAGGACUUACCCUUGUAAGGAUUGUCAAAAGGUCUUCACAAAACCCAGUCACUUGCUCCGACACCAGGUCAAACAUACUGGAGAAAGACCUUUUCCUUGUGAUGUAUGUGGCAAAGGAUUUGUCUCUAAAUCCAACAUGGAAAAACAUAGAGUAUUACAUUCUGGAGUGAAAGCCAAGAUUUGUGAUGAAUGCGGUAAAGCCUUUGCCCUUAGCUCUUAUUUAGUCAGACAUAAAAUGUUACAUGAAAAAGAAAGAAAUGAGAAGAUGGGAAUAUUUCCAGAACCUGAACACCACCUUUGUAGUCAAUGUGGAAAAGUAUUCUCCAAACGUCUCUACCUCCAGAAACAUAUGGAACGUCAUGUUAAAGGAAAGUGUUAUGAAUGCAGAAUUUGUGGGAAGAAGUUCUCGCAACGAAUGAACAGGAUAAACCAUGAAUUUCUUCAUACUAAGACAAAAGAUUAUGAGUGUCAUGUUUGCCACAAAAAAUUUGCUUUGAAAUGCUACUUGAAGAUACAUGUGCAGCGCCAUCAGAAUACACCUAUUCCAAAACCUGGGAAGAAACAGCGAGAAAAUAUUGGAUUGAAGCCUUUUAAAUGUUUGCAGUGUGGAAAAUGUUAUUCUUCAGUUAAAUACCUAAAUGCUCAUGAAAGACUUCACUCAAAUCCCAAAAAGUUUGUCUGUGAAACAUGCGGAAGAAAUUUUCAUCAGAAAAUUAAUUUGCAGCGCCAUAUUCUGACCCACACUGAUCCUGCAACAUCAAGAAAUCAUGAAUGCAAAACAUGUGGUAAGAAAUACUCCCGUGACAUAUACCUGUCUCGUCACAUCAAAGAAAAUCACACAGCCGAAGGCUUAGCCAAACCCAGACAUCAUUGUAGUUAUUGUGACAAGAAAUUCACUAAGCCAUGCUUACUACGUAUCCAUGAGAGAACACACACUAAGGAAAAGCCAUUUGUAUGUAGUACAUGUGGAAAAGGAUUUGCUCAAGAAGGAUACAUGAAGAUCCAUGAAGAGAUCCAUUCAUCAAUUAAAAAGCAUGAAUGCACAUUUUGUGGGAAAUCCUUUGCUUUGCUGUACUAUUUGACACGUCACUUAGCAAGACAUGAGCAAGUCAAAUCUAUACCAUGUGAUCAAUGCUCUAAAAUGUUUGCCACUCAAAAGGCUCUUAAUGAUCACAUGCGCAUGCAUACUGGUGAUAUGCCUUAUCAGUGUGAUUUAUGUCAGAAGUGUUUCCCAAGACUAAAUUCGCUCCAGCGCCACAGGAAGCUGAAUGCUUGCCAAAUUAAGCCAAACGUGUACUACACCAAGCAAGUAAUGCCUAAUGUCAAGACUGUUGAAAGCCUGGAUGAAUUAAUGGAUAAAAGGGAGUUUAGCUGCUUGUAUAUUUGUAGCAUCUGUCGUCAAGUUUUUACGAGUCAAACCAAACUAGAUGCUCAUGCUGUUGAGCAUGAAGGAGACAUGAUAGCUGAGGUAAUAACAGAAGAGCAUGAGCAGGAACAUAUCUCAGCAGAGAACAUUCCUGUCUCCAAAGAAGAGGAAACAAUAAUUGCUGAGGUAGUAAAUGUUGAAGAAAGCAUUUUAGGAGGUGAAGAAAUAACAACAGAAGAAACUAUUGUAGACGCUGAUUGGUUAAAUAGGUUAUUUUCAAAUGCUCAUGUAGAAUCGGGAACAGAUGGGAAGAUUAUUAUUGUUGUUAAUAGAGAAUAAUAAGCAAUACUGUAUUAUACAAUAACAUUGAUGGUGAUUAAGUUAAACAUGUGGGUUUUGGGUUUUUUUUCACAGGGAAUACCGGCAUGACUGGUGUUUUGGUUUAAUUUAUCUCUAUCUGUACAUUCACAUGUAUUACUUCAAGUGUUAACAGUUGUUUUUGAUAUAUGAAAAAGACAGGGCAGGCAUCAAAUCAAACUUCUAUCAAAUUAUUAAUCUCUAUACCAGUACCCUGAUUCACAGUGAUUCACUAAAUACCAAAUUUACUACUAGUAACUGAACUAUAUUGUGUGUACUGUAUUAUUUAUUUCAAAGUCACAAGAUUCACUCCUUCAUGCAAAUUAUUUUUACCAAAUUUUGUAUU